AUGUCGCCUUUGCUCUCCCAAGAAGACUCGAGCCCUGCCGAGCCCAUUGCGGUGCCUGGUCAUGUCAGUGUUAGACGUGCCAGUGGCUACACCAACUCUGUCUAUUUUACGAACUGGGGUAUCUACGGAAGAGACUAUCAACCUGCGGAUUUGCCCGUCUCCCAAAUCUCCCACGUCCUUUUUGCAUUCAUGAACCUCAGAGCCGACGGCACAAUCUAUUCUGGGGAUACUUAUGCUGAUUUGGAGAAGCACUACGCAAAAGACUCAUGGAAUGAUGUGGGAAACAACGUAUAUGGCUGUGUCAAGCAGUUGUAUUUGCUGAAGAAGGCUAACCGCAACCUGAAAGUCAUCUUGUCUAUUGGCGGCUGGACGUGGUCUUCCAACUUCCCUGCCGCUGCUUCCACAGCUGACACUCGGUCUACAUUUGCCAAGUCUGCCGUGACCUUCUUGAAGGACUGGGGGUUCGAUGGCAUUGAUGUCGAUUGGGAGUAUCCCGCGGAUGCUACUCAAGCCAAAAACAUGGUACUGCUUCUGCAAGCAGUUCGAGACGAACUUGAUGCCUACGCAGCAAAGUCGGCGCCGGGCUAUCAUUUCGAGCUGUCCAUUGCAGCCCCGGCCGGUCCUGAUCACUAUAGCAUACUCCAUCUGGCAGAGCUUGGUCAAGUCUUGGAUCACGUCAAUCUGAUGGCUUACGAUUACGCUGGCUCAUGGAGCAGCCACAGUGGUCAUGAUGCUAACCUUUAUAAAAACCCCGGGAAUAUCGAUGCGACCCCCUUCGUUACCGACGAAGCCGUCAACACAUAUAUUGCCGGCGGCGUUCCACCUCACAAGAUUGUGCUGGGCAUGCCCAUCUAUGGCCGCUCCUUUUCCAACACAGAAGGGAUGGGAAAGCCGUUCCAGGGGAUCGGUAGCGGAAGCUGGGAGAAUGGGGUUUGGGAUUACAAAGUGCUACCGAAGCCUGGCGCCACUGUUAAGCAUGACGAUGUCGCCAAAGGCACUUAUAGCUAUGACGCCGUUAUCAAGGAGCUCAUCUCAUUCGACACCCCGGCCUCGGUCAAGGAGAAAGUCAAAUACCUCAAAAGCAAGGGCUUGGGAGGAAGCAUGUUCUGGGAGGCAUCCGCAGACCGCACCGGGUCCGACUCGCUUAUUGGCACAAGCUUCGCAGCACUUGGGAAUCCGGACUCUACUCAGAAUUGGCUGAGUUAUCCUGAGUCUCGAUACGACAAUAUCAGGAAAGGAAUGGCAUAG